AUGGCGCUGUAUGGGACGUCUGAUGCCCUGAUGUGCAGGGCAUUCCCGACAACCCUGCGAGGCCCAGCCCGGGCGUGGUACAGCAAUCUGAAGACCGCGUCCAUCGCCUCUUUCGACCAAUUGGCCAAGGACUUCGAGCUUAACUUUCUGGCUUACGCCAAGCCGAAGCCGUCGGUGGCAAUGCUCCUCGGGCUCAACCAGAGGGAGGACGAGCCCCUUUCUCACUUCGUGGACCGCUUCACCAUACAAAUUCGCGGGUUAUCUGAUGCUCACCCCUCUUUGAUGAUGCAGGCAUUCAUGAUGAGCCUGCGGCCUACCCGAUUCUUUUGGUCUCUAGUGGAGCGACCCCCCGCUUCGGUACCCGAAAUGUUAAAACGCGCAAACCAGUUCGUCGCUGCUGAAGCGUGGAUGGUCGGAAGGCGCGACGAGCGCAAGAGGGUUAAGCCAGAGCAGCCCCGGCAGCCACAGCCCGCCACCUCCCGGCGUAGGGCUGGCGGACUCGACGAUGCGGUACCUAGGUCCCCUCCCCCGGGCCUGAACUCCUCCCGGACUGAAAUAUUUCUCCACAUCAAGGAGAAAGGACUUCUCAAAGAUCCUCACCCCAUGAAUAGCCCGCGCGAACUCGCAGACCGCUCCAAAUACUGUCGUUUUCACCGACAGCCCGGUCACGACACCGAACAGUGUCGAGAAUUAAAAAGGCAAAUUGAGGAGCUCAUCCGCCGUGGGCACCUCGGCCCAUAUCUCCGGCGGGACAAGGAGCUCUCACCACGCCCGGAGGUUCCCAUCGAGCGGCACAUAGACGUCAUAACCGGCGGGCCCGCGGCCGGAGGGAGCUCCGUGGCGGGCAGAAAGGCAUACGCCAGGGCCUCCCGGGCCGAUGCUUCCAAACACGAAGAAGGGCCCGAAGUCACUUUCCCGACCGGGGAACCUGAGCUAGCCGAACAUGAUGACGCGCUGGUGAUAUCAGCCAGAAUCGCCAACGCACAAGUAAGAAGAAUCAUGGUCGACACUGGGAGCUCGGCCGACAUACUUUAUUGGGAUGCCUUCCAGAAGCUCGGCCUGGUAAGGGAGAACAUGAAGCCAGUAUGCUCGACGCUCACGGGGUUUACCGGUGCUUCAAUCUCGUCGCUAGGAGCUGUCACCCUGCCCCUAACUUUGGGAGUUUUCCCAAAAACAAAAACGGUGAUGACUUCCUUUCUGGUGGUCGACCUCCCCACGGCGUAUAAUGCCAUCCUCGGACGACCAACCCUCAACAAGAUCCAAGCCAUCGUCUCGACUUACUACCAGACCCUCAAAUUUCCGACCCACAAUGGAGUCGGGGAAGUAGCCGGAAACUCCUGGGAGUCCAGGCGCUGCUACUUGACUGCUAUGACGCUGAGUAAAAGAGCAAGGAUCCAAUCCCCGCUCGAGGACCCCCGAGAGGGAAAAAAGCCGGCUCCCCGCCCCGAACCAAAGGAAUCCACCGUCGACUUACCGCUAAUCAAAGGCAGGCCCGACCAAACAAUCAAGAUCGGGUCGGAAUUAUCCGAAGCAGAGCAAUAG